CUGUGAGUCAGCCUGCUCCCCUCCAGGCUUGCUCCUCCCCCACCCAGCUCCUGUUUCCAAUGCACGUACACCCCGUACACACCGUGUCUGGGACACCGUACAGUCAGCCACAUGGCUCCCCUGGGCCCCAGUCCCUGGCUCCCUCUGCAGAUCUCAGCUCCUGCUCCAGGCCCCACUGUGCAGCUGCUGCUGUUACUGCUGCUCUUGGUACCUACCCAUCCCCAGCGCCUAUCCCGGAUGCAGGGGACUCCCUCCAUGGGAGGAGAUUCAUCUGGGGAAGAUGAUCCACUGGGCGAGGAGGACCUGCCCAGUGAAGAGGAUCUGCCUGGAGAGGAGGACACGCCUGGAGUGAAGACUGAAGCAGAAGAGGACUCUCUGAAGGUAGAGGAUCUACCCACUACGGCUCCCGGGGACACUCACAGGAACAACAAAGGGGAUGACCACAGUCAUUGGCGCUAUGGAGGCGACCCGCCCUGGCCCCAGGUGUCCCCAACCUGCGCCGGCCGCUUCCAGUCCCCGGUGGACAUCCGCCCGGAGCACACGGCUUUUUGCCCCGCCCUGGGACCCCUGGAACUCCUAGGCUUUGAGCUCCCGCCUCUCCCCGAACUGCGCCUCCGAAACAAUGGCCACACCGUGCAGCUGACUCUGCCUCCCGGGCUGGAGAUGGCCCUGGGUCCCGGGCGGGAGUACCGGGCCCUGCAGUUGCAUCUGCACUGGGGGUCUGCGGGUCGCCCCGGCUCGGAGCACACGGUUGGCGGCCACCGUUUCCCUGCCGAGAUCCACGUGGUUCACCUCAGCACUGCAUUUGCCAAAGUUGAGGAGGCCUUGGGGCGCCCAGGGGGCCUGGCCGUGCUGGCCGCCUUUCUGCAGGAAGGCCCAGAAGAAAACAGCGCCUAUGAGCAGCUGCUGUCUCAUUUGGAAGAAGUCGCCGAGGAAGACUCAGAGACUUGGGUGCCAGGACUGGACGUAUCUGCACUGCUGCCCUCGGAUCUCAGCCGCUACUUCCGAUAUGAGGGGUCUCUGACCACACCCCCCUGUGCCCAAGGGGUCAUCUGGACUGUUUUCAACCAGACAGUGAGACUGAGUGCUAAGCAGCUCCACACCCUCUCUGACUCCCUGUGGGGAGCUGAGGGCUCUCGGCUACAGCUGAACUUCCGAGCCACGCAGCCUCUGAAUGGGCGAACGAUCGAGGCCUCCUUCCCUCCUGGAGCGGAGCGGACUGUUGAGACUGUUCAGCCAGUCCACCUGAACUCCUGCCUCGCUGCUGGUGACAUCCUGGCCCUGGUUUUUGGCAUUCUCUUUGCUGUGACCAGCCUCGCCUUUCUUGUGCAAAUGAGAAGGCAGCAAAAACAUCCAAGUGGGACCAAAGGGACCGUUAGCUACCAUCCAGCAGAGGUCACCGAGACUGUGGCCUAGAGGCCUGGAACUUGGAGAAUGUGCCGAGAAGCCAGCCAGAGGAAUCUGAGGGGAGCUGGAGACUUGGGUCUGUCCUGCCUAUUACACCACUUCCUUUUUAGUGACCAAAGAUUUUUUUUAAAUAAAUGUUUCUAAUAAAAUAUGUGGAAGGUAGCUUUGUUCCCUAAAUCAG